UUCCACCACCCUUCCUAGAAAACUUUUUCAUCUCAAACAAUAGCUAGUCUUACCGGAGAGAUUCCUUCAUUGAUUUGCAAUGCGAGUUCCCUUGAGAUUCUUGAUUUGUCUCACAACAAAUUGAGCAGUACGAUUUCACAUUGUUUGGGUAAUUUUAGUAGUUUUCUCACGGUGUUAAAUCUGCGCUCCAAUGAACUUAAGGGAACCCUUCCCUUGGCAUUUAUGAAGCCCAACCAAUUACGAAGUCUCGAUUUGAGUGGAAAUCAUUUUGAAGGACAACUGCCAAGAUCUUUGACAAAUUGUAGAAGCCUGGAGGUUCUAAACGUCGGAAACAACAAGAUUAAUGACACAUUUCCAUAUUGGUUGGGAACCCUUCCUGAGUUGCAGGUUCUUGUCGUGUGAUCCAACCGAUUUCAUGGUCCUAUAAACAUUAUGAUGAGGGAAUUUUAUUUUCCUAAGGUUCGAAUUCUUGACCUUUCUUGCAAUGAGUUCAUAGGCCAUUUGCCAGGGAGGUAUUUCAAAUUUCGAGCAAUGAAGAACAAUACCAGGCCUAACGAACAAUAAAUGGGUGAUUAUAAUUAUCACUAUUCUCUGACAGUGACAAUGAAGGGGAAUGAGAUUGAAUUGGUGAGAAUUUUGACUAUCUUCACAACAAUUGACCUUUCAUCCAACAAUUUCAGUGGAGAAAUUCCAAAAGCCAUAGGAAAGCUAAAUUCCCUCAUUGUGCUUAAUUUUUCUCAUAAUAGUCUUACAGGCUAUAUUCCAGAAUCUUUGGGAGGCUUGACAAGCAUUGAAUCAUUAGACAUCUCUUCUAACCACCUUACCGGGAGAAUUCCAAGCCAAUUAACAAGUUUGACAUUUCUCGUGGUCUUCAAUCUUUCAUGGAACCGUCUCCAUGGACCCAUACCCCAUGGUCCACAAUUUAAUACAUUUGAGAAUAGUUCAUAUGCUGGGAACAUAGGAUUAUGUGGGUUUCCCUUGUCGAAGGAUUGUGAAGAUAAUCAAACAGAAGUACAACCACCGAUGUUACAACAGGAUGAAGAUGAUUCAGAUGUUGAUGGAUUUACUUGGAAAAUUGUGGUGAUAGGAUAUGCAUGUGGAAUGACACUAGGAAUCUUUCUGGGAUCUCUCAUGUUUUUAAUUGGAAGACCUAAAAUUCUUUGUGAGAUUUGCUGAAAUAAAAAUGCCUAAAAAGGUGACAAGAUUGAGGAGAAUGGUUGGAGACACAACGGGUAGGAGAAAGUAGCAAACAUUGGUGGCAUUUUCAGUGAAAUAUGGAGAGAACUCUUGUGGCUACUUGAGAUAAUGUUGGAGUAAUGGACAAGAAGAUGAGCAAGAAAAUGACGAGUUUGAGCCACAUUUCAAAGAAUCGUUGUAAAACUUCUCGUAGUAUCAAGUGGGUGUUAGUUUAGGUGACUAGCUAGUGGUUGUUUUUU